AUGCCGAGGUCUGCCGACCUGCUUGAGAGUCUCCGAAGCCGUGCCAGUGUUUUGCUACACGAGUUUCAGUUAUAUCAGGCCUACCUCAAGACGCGAGCGAAACAACACCAAGUCGAAAUUAGAGCAUUCAAACGAGGAAUCGAGUCGGAGGUGAAGAUCUUGGAAAGAAUAGCACUCCUGUUCGCAACUUCCGAUCGCAACUCCCAGAGUAUUCUCAAUAAUCCAAUCGAGCAGGAUGAGGAGAGUCCACAGCUACACUCCCUGAGAAGCUCUAACUUGCCCUUUUAUGAAGCUGUUUGGAACACCGCGAAAUCAUGCCGUCACAUUACUGCGCUGGGGAAGAAAAUGCACUUUACAGGAAAGUACAGCGCGGCAAGUGAGAAAAAUCGGGAGGAGAAUUUGGUGAGCUGGACAGACGUUUCGAGGGAUGUGCAGAAGAAAGAGACUCUAGUGGACGUCAUUGCUGACAAUGGAUUGCAAUGGAUAAAAAUCUCGACCUUGACGGAGAAACGGCUCCUGUUCGAGAUGGCCAAGGAAGGCUGGGAAAAGUAUGGAGACUUUGGUGGAGAUAGCGAUGUGGAAGACGGACACAUCCCUGAGACUGACAGCGAUGCCAUGAGGACAAAUAAACUUGAACUUGUGCGGCUUGCUGAAGAUUUGAAGAUCGCAGCCCAGGAAGUCAGAGUUCAAUUUCGGCACCCACGGAUUCGAUUUGUCCUGCCAAACAUUCGCGAAGGGAUUAUCCCUGAUGUGGAUGCCUUUCUCGCCGACUUACGCGCGACUGGUGCUGUUGUCGAAUGCAAUGCGGACGUGUGCUCGUUCGGUGAGGAUCGUCAGCUUGAUCUCGUCAAUAUGAUGCCCACUGCGCCAACUGUCCCUUUGACCAGCACUAUCAACAUCGAUUGUACGAUACUAUUGGCAUUGGUCUCUGACAUAUCACAUUUCCCGAAGCACCAACUGUUGUCAACCUCUGGACAAAAAACCGAAACUUAUCACAAAGCAAUUGUGAACCAAAUCGAAUGCGAAGCAUCCUCACCGAUGCUCCCUGGCGAUAUCUAUCCGCUCCUUGUCACGCGAGACCUAGAAUGUACUGUGCACGCUGCUCAGCGAAUGCGAGAGAUAGUUCAGUGCAUGGGGACAUCGAGCGAGUUGAGCCGCGCCGAGAUCCUCCUGGGCGAAGGACGAUACACAGAUCAACCGGCCUCGACCCUGCGGCGGGUCUUUAGUGAACUAUCAAUGCAUGCUGUCCCGACAGAGAUACAAUUCCCAGUCAAAGUGGUCGAUUUCGAUGUGCAUUCCCUCUUUGGCUCAGAGACCACCUCACUGGCGCUGGAUGUUGAAUCAAGCAAAUCAUUCCCUGCCUCUGUCGCUUCCCGUGUGAAGGACAGGCUGCGGCUUACUCCUAUCAACGCCUCAGUAUUCUUUUAUGGCUGGAUCGGCCAGAUUGUAACACUAACAAGCAAUCGCACGGUGGCCAACGAGCUUCUCAAGACCAUCAACGACAUCCUGGAUUGGGAUGAGUCGCAAGGGCAAGGCUGUAAGGGCGACACGGACUUCCUGGGACCACUCAUACGUUGUGAGACGGCGAGAAGCUUGAUAGGAAAGACCAAAUUCAGGUGA